AUGUUCGAUUCGGAGGCCAUCAUCGUCGACCCUUCACGCACGCAGCCGGAGGAGCAGGGGAAGGAAUACGUGGAUAUCUCCUUUGCAUCUCGCGAAGUGGAGCUCCUAUUGAGCGCGGAUGACCCUGAGAGCUGGGAGAUCACUCCGUCCAUCUCUGCUCUCUACGAGCUGGCUGAAGAUAACCGCUGGAAGGCAGCUGUUGGUGCCUUUGCCAAGGACUCCUCUCAUGACAUGGAUGGGAAUGCCGUUAGGAGCGCAGAGGGAUUUAAAGCGUUUGAUGUGGGAGAUGAACCAGUGGGUGGGGUGGGGGGAGGGUUUCCGUUUGGUGAUGAUAAUGACGAUGGAUCUGUGGUCGAUUUUGGUGGUGGGGAUGACGGGUGGAAUGAUGAUAGGUGUGGGUUCGCUGGCCCGCCGUUUGCUGGUGGUGGUACUCCUGGGAUGAUCCCAGCUGGGGAUUCUGAUGGGGAGAACGGAUAUUCGGAUGUUGAUGAUGGAAUGGACGCUGCGGAUUGGCUGGCAGCUGGCAUGGGCAUGACGAGGCUCAAGGGGAGCAACGCGUGGGCUGGCCCUAAGCACUGGCACUUUGUUAAGUCCAAGGAGGAGGUACCUGCAGCAGCUCCAGAGGCGAAGGGGAGGAAGAAAAGGGCAGCAAAGUCGGAGCUUAUUGACUUCUCGGACCCUCAAAUCGACGAGUCCUUGUUUCAGGCCCCUAAAGCGCUGAAGGAAAUUCAGCUGACGAAGGCUGGUCGCAAGGUGGUCAAUACCUUGCUUCCGAAGGACUACCAUUAUGAUGGACGCAAGUUGGCUACGGUUUUUAUAAGCUCGGAUUGGAGCUUCUUGGCUCGGAAGGCCAGGGGGCGUGGUGGCGCGAAGCAGGGGUUUGAGGAUGGAGGAGGUGGAGAUGGGUUUGCAGCAGUUGACGGUGGUGACGAUGGGUUUGGGAAUGACUGGGGAGGGGACGAGUGUGCUGAUCCGUUUGACUAUGGGGAUGAUUUUGAUGGGCAAGGGGAUUCUGCAGAGGUCAAACCAGCAGAUGAUUUCAUGGAGGAUCUGGUUCCAAUGCCAAAGAAGGCACAAAAGAUUGAUGUCAACUAUGCGAGACAGUCAAAGCAGGUGGAUGUGAAGAUUCUGAAAGACACGAUCUGGGUGGAGCUACAACGUCACCAUGGCUAUGAGAAGGAGGAGCAGCAGGACGAAGGGGAAUUUUCCUCAGGCCCGAUCAGCUUUGAUCGAGUGCUGCAUAAUUUCCCGGCCAACUGCAGAGCAGCUGCGCUGAGCGACAUUUCAGUGCAUCUGUGCUUCAUCUGUCUGCAAGUUAGCCGGCAAGCUAUUCGGCGUGCGAUGGCCGAUCCGCAGGGCGGCAGCACGUCUGGCCGUCUGAAGCUGUUCACGCGACGGCCGAAGAAGGCGCGAGAAACGGCAGGAGCUGCGGCCAGAGCUCCCCCGGACCUCCCCGCGCGCUCCUCCCCCUGGGGCAUCUUCUCCCUCUUCUCCUCCCCCGCAUCUCCGCCAACGCCCCUAUCCGGCCAAGGGCCCAGGUCCGCGGGAGCUCCCCUUGGGUCAGCAGCUGGGGGAGCUCCCCGCCCCCCCCUGCUGUACCGCAUGCGAGGAGCGUUCAGUUUCCUGCUCGCGCUCAACCUCGUGCUGGGAGGUCCGGGGGAGUUCCCCCUGGAUCAUCGGGGGGGUUCCCCCUGGAUCAUCGAUAGCAGCAGUUCCCCGCCCCCUCCCCGCCCUCUGCUGUACCGCAUGCGGGGGGCGUUCAGUUUCCUGCUCGCCCUCAACCUCGUGCUGGGAGGCUACAUGCUGUUUAGAGGAAAGGCCUUGCUGAAAGACGCAGCACGAAUGCCCGACACAGCCGAAUUAGACGCUCUCAUCUGCCCAGUUGUCCCCUCCACAUCCCUUCUCCCUCACUCUUUCUCUCUCUGCCCUUCGUCCACUACCCGCUACACCAGGCUACAUGCUGAUUAG